UAUUAACUAUAUAUUAACCUUGCAAACCACCUUAUGCUCAUGGAUUCUCUUCAAUCUCCAAACAUGCUUCUCUUUCUUCUCCCUUUGCUUGUUGCUUGUAUAAUUUUCUUGCUUCACUCCCGCCGGAAACUCCCCUACCCUCCAGGCCCAAAAGGGUAUCCAAUCAUCGGUAACAUGGGUAUCAUGGACCAAUUAACCCAUCGUGGGUUAGCCCGUCUGGCUAAACAAUAUGGUGGGCUCUUUCACCUUCAGAUGGGUAGGCUUCAUGUCCUUGCAGUGUCGACACCGGACAUGGCACAAGAAGUCCUUCAAGUCCAAGAUAGCGUCUUCUCCAACCGACCGGCGAACGUUGCGAUAACGUACUUGACCUAUAACCAAGCCGAUAUGGCCUUUGCAAACUAUGGCCCGUUUUGGCGUCAAAUGCGCAAAAUCUGCGUUAUGAAGUUAUUCAGCAGAAAGCGGGCAGAGUCUUGGGCCUCUGUGCGAGAAGAAGUGGACUCCAUGGUUCGAGCGGUGAUGGAGAAAACGGCUUCACAAGUUAAUAUCGGUGAAAUGUUAUUUGCUUUAACGAGGAAUAUAACAUAUAGGGCUGCUUUUGGAUCAUUAUCCCAUGAAGGACAAGAUGAGUUCAUGAAGAUUUUGCAAGAAUUUUCUAAGCUUUUUGGAGCUUUUAAUAUUGCAGAUUUUUUCCCUUGGUUGGGUUGGAUUCGUGGACAAGGGUUCAACAAGAGGCUAAUGAAGGCGCGCCAAUCUCUAGAUGGGUUCAUUGAUACGAUAAUCGAUGAACACGUGAUGAAGAAGAAAAGCGACAAGGAUAAUAAUAAAGAUGAAAGUCCAGUAGAAAUAGAAACGGAAACAGAAAAAGACAUGGUGGACGAAUUAUUGGCGUUUUACAGCCAUGAAGAUGCGAAAAAUGCUUUCUACGACUCACAAUCCACCAUUAAGCUCACUAGAGACAACAUCAAAGCUAUCAUCAUGGACGUGAUGUUUGGUGGAACCGAAACGGUGGCCUCAGCAAUUGAAUGGUCAUUGGCGGAGCUGAUGAGGAGCCCGGAAGACCUCAACAAAGUACAGCAAGAACUCAAAGAAGUGGUUGGGUUGAACCGGGUAGUCCAUGAAUCGGACCUUGGAAAACUGACCUACCUGAAAUGUGUGUUGAAAGAAACCCUACGUCUUCACCCUCCCAUUCCCCUUUUCCUCCAUGAGACAGCUGAGGAUAGUGUCAUUGCCGGAUACAGAAUCCCGGCAAAAUCACGUAUCAUGAUCAAUGCAUGGGCAAUUGGGCGAGACCCCAAUGCAUGGCAUGACCCAGACAGGUUUAAUCCUAGUAGGUUUCUGAAAGAUGGGGCACCAGAUUUUAAGGGAAGCAAUUUUGAGUUCAUUCCAUUUGGGUCGGGUCGGAGGUCAUGUCCUGGUAUGCAGCUAGGAUUGUAUGCAAUGGAGAUGAGUGUGGCUCAUUUGCUUCAUUGUUUUAAAUGGGAGUUGCCUAAUGGAAUGGAGGCAAGUGAGCUUGAUAUGAAUGAUGUGUUUGGACUGACUGCUCCAAGAGCUGAUCGACUUGUUGUUGUGCCAACUUAUCGGUUGAAUUGUCCAGUGUGAGGUGAAAAGGGAAGAAAAUUGAUGUAAAUUAUUUGGAUAUAGUUAUGUAUAUAUACAUAUAUAUUAAAUAAGGAAAAGGGUUGGAUGGAAUAUGGAAGGAGAAAUUUAGAAUUGUAUUAUAAUAAUUGA